AUGACCGCUCUGGAGGAGGGAGGAGACCUGCGUGAUCUCCACUUGAGUCUGGACUGCGGUGAGACUGCACUGAAAUCUCACAGCCGAGGCUCUGCGUGUCGGGGUGACGAGUCUUCAGAGCAUCAAAUGAAUCAUGACUCAUCCGACAUGCUUUAUCUAAGCAGACAGGAGCUGAAGGUCAUACCAGACUAUGUGUGCAAGUACACAUCACUCAAGAAUUUGUAUCUUGAAGGAAACGAGUUAUCCAUUCUCCCAGACAAUCUGCUCAGCAGUUUGCCACAUUUGCUUUGGCUGGACCUGAGAAAUAACCAGCUCACCUGUCUUCCUGCUAAUAUCGGUCAGCACAGGUGCUUGAAAACAUUGCUGCUGGAGGGGAACCCUAUUAUAGAACUUCCGGUCGAGUUAGGUAAUUUGAUCACACUACGAGCUUUGAGCUUGAGGAACUGUCCCAUCUCGUUUCCACCGCAGGAAGUGCUGCAGCAGGGUCUCGCACACAUCCUGCAGUUCCUGCGUCGCACAGACUUGGCUCGACGGCCCCUCAGCAUGCGCUGUGCACACGCAGACAUGCCUGCUGUGGAGAGGUUGGCGCUGUCUGAGAUUCUCCAGUCUAGCCUGGAUCUGUCUGAAGUGGAUGACAAUGAGAUUGAGCGAUUCAAGGAGCUUAGGCAGCGAAUGAUCCAGUUGGACAGGGCUGAUCUUGGGCCCACCAAGCCGGUCAUUUCGCCGCAACACUACCUAGGAGCAGCAGAGGGCGACAGAUUUCACAGUACUCAACCCCCAUCCAUGAAGAGGACCCAAGACUCAACAAGAGGAUUGUUGCCAGAGCUGCCUCCAUCUGAUUUACCGAACUGGAAGAGAGCAGAAGAGAAAAGAUUGGCUGCCAUGAGGAGGGAGUUAAAGGAAAAACAAGCCGUACUCGAACAAAAAAGGAAAAAUGCAGAGCUGUUGCAGGGGUGGAGAAACCAGGCCAAGAUCAUGCAGGACAGGAAAAUGCUGGAACACAAACUGGACAGGAAUAAUAUACAUCAAAAACAAACGAAUGCUGCUGACUCCUCCAAUAACCCAAACGACACCAGCGAGGCUCUGAACAACAACUCACACAGUAAAGCCCAGAACACUCAACAGCCAUCGAUUAGAAUGCGCAAGGAAACAGAGGAGACCAGGGCUGCAAGGGACAGAGAGCUUGAGCAGCGCAUCAGAUUUCAUGUUCAGAUGAUGCAGGAAAGACGCAGAAGACCCAGAGGCUCACCUGCAGAGGAGGCAGAGGCAGCUGCUCAGGAGAUGGAGGAGGUAAAACAGCUGCAGGCGGAGCUUGCCGAAAGGAGACGAGUAAAACAUCUGGAGUACCGUUUGAGCGCCUUCACUGGAGAAAGGGGUUAUGAUAUAUAAUAUGACUCGACCCUGAUUUUAUGAUGAAUGUAACCUGCUACCACCUGCACAGGCUGCACCAUUACAUCACAUGACAGUAUAAGGUGUAAAAGAG